ACUGAAAUAAAACAAGAUUUUCCACAAGUUGUUUUCAUAAGAAGAAAACAGCGUUUGACAGUUUUGGGUGUAGUGUGUACUUUCUGACGGAAAUAAUGUUUUCGGUGUGACAAAAUUCUGUGAAAAAGUAUUACAUAUGGAAUGGUAUAUGACAUUUAACAUACAUUUAAGAUUACUGUUGAAAGAGUGUUUGUCAAAAAGCUGAACAGAAAGUCAUAGUUUUCAGUUGGAAUAGUUGUGCAGGCAGUAACUAUUAUUGGGAAUGACACCCUGUAUUAGAGAAGUUUAAAGCCAUUUGUGUAUCUAAAGUUAAUCAGUUUUUUUGGAAGUUUCUGUGGGAACUUUCUGCUUUCCAAAUGAUGAGCACAGAUCUGCAGCGAUCAUUAGCAAUGUACCGUUUCAAUUUUUGGCCUAAACCUUUCUUUGCACCAGCUCCGGGGAGUGGAGGGAUGGACAACCCCUCAUUUAUGCCUAACCCUCUCUCAUCUCCUACUCUUAUGGUCCUAGCCUCCACCGCAGAGGGCAACGAAGCACCCAGGCUGCCUGGACCACCACACCCCUUCUCAGGGCAAGGAAUGGACAAGGAUCUUCCUCCCCCACCUCCCUUCAGCACAGCAGGAUUUACCAUGUACAGACCUGGCGACCCGUUCUCAGCACCCCUGUUCUCUCACCUAUCAUUUGUUCGUCCCGGAAUCGACAGACGAUUGGCUAUGAUGAACCACAACCCUGGAGUAAGACCCGGGGUGUUCCGGCCUCUGGGUCCAGAAGGUGUCGAGGGGUCAUAUCAUUCUGCAUUUUCUCCAGCGAAGAAGAUAAAGUCUGAUGAAUCCUCUGGUGCCUGUUCAUCAUCAGAGCCCCAGGGGAGUCAUUCAGGUGAUGGGGGGUUUAGAGAUGACCACAGCCAGGAGGAGAGAGACACCCCACCAGGGGUCAAGGAGGAACGGCCGUCAAGUAUCAGCUCAGCGGGGUACGACACCAUCUCAGAGCCAGAGUCAUGUGAUGCUUAUGAGCGAGGGACCCCAGACUCAGAGGGAAGAGCUUUGAGAAAACAGAGGAAGCGCGUGGUACUCGAUGGCCACACCCCGUGCUGUCCAGUAUGUGGCCUGACGCUACGGUCCGGUGAACUGGAGGCACACCUCAUGUUGGAGAUCGAUAAACUCGACAAAAUAGCCAGAACUGGAAGAAAGUCUUCAAGAGAUUCCACACCACAAGGCAGAAAGAGUUUGCCCUCGCCGUCCGGCUCGCGGAAGAACAGAGAGUCUCCCCCACCAGACGUCGCCUCCAGGUCACGUUACGAUAAUUUCCUCCGGAUCCGAUGCAAUCGACAGUCAAGACUAAGUGCUCGUAGUCGCAACAAGAAGAAGAGGCCGGGUGAUGAGAAUGUCAAGGAAACUGUGUGCCCCGUCUGUAACGACAGAGUUUUGGGUGUGGCUGAGGAUCUCAACGCACAUGUGGAGUUGUGCCUCAAACAGAGAGAUGGUGAAGAGGAACCUGUAGAUGUGGAAGGCGAGUAUGAGGAAUAUGAGUGGGCGGGGCAAACCAGGGUCAGGGCCACCUCCAUGUUAGAGGGUGGAUUUUCUGGUCAAGGUUUCCAAACUGUGAACAGUAAGAGAGGAUCAGAUGAGGAUGGGGAGUUAAAUGUGGAUGGUGAUGACACAGAGGAAUAUGGAAAACCACAAUUUAGUGAGAAAGACAUUCUACCCCUGGGUUCUAUGGGCAGCAGUCCGCACAAUGACAACAAACCACCUAGAUCUCACCUGGCUAUAGAGAGCAGUUUUUCAUCAAGAACUGAUACAGUUAACUCAGAUGGUGGGGGCUGUAGCAAGUCUUCUGUACCUUAUGAAGGGUUUGCUUUAUCAAACUGUGAUCAAGGAGAGGAGCAAUCAGCAUUGAUAGCAGCACUACGCAUGAAGCUGAGGGAUCUUGAAGCAGAGAAAUCUUCCAAACAGAAAUGUCUCAUUUGUAUGGAAUCUUACAAGACCCCCCUCACAUCUAUACAGUGUUGGCAUGUUCACUGUGAGGCUUGCUGGAUGAGAACUUUGGGAGCCAAGAAGUUAUGCCCACAGUGCAACAUGAUCACCGCCCCCACAGACCUGCGCAGGGUCUACUUAUAGGACAUCUCUGUGUUAGGUCUGGUGGAAGUGUGAUGGGAGGAUGUGACAGUUGUCUGUGACAGAGGAUGGGACUACCAGGGAUGAUGAACAGCUCUUUGUGGCAGGGAAUGAUGAACAGCUCUUUGUGACAGGGAAUGAUGGACUACCGGGGAUGAUGAACAGCUCUUUGUGGCAGGGAAUGAUGAACAGCUCUUUGUGACAGGGAAUGAUGGACUACCGGGGAUGAUGAACAGCUCUUUGUGGCAGGGAAUGAUGAACAGCUCUUUGUGACAGGGAAUGAUGGACUACCGGGGAUGAUGAACAGCUCUUUGUGGCAGGGAAUGAUGAACAGCUCUUUGUGACAGGGAAUGAUGGACUACCGGGGAUGAUGAACAGCUCUUUGUGGCAGGGGAUGAUGACCAAUUGUCUAUGACAGGGAAUGAUGACCAAUUGUCUGUGACAGGGAAUGAGACCAAUUGUCUGUGACAGGGAAUGAUGGACUACCGGGGAUGAUGAACAGCUCUUUGUGGCAGGGAAUGAUGACCAGUUGCUCUGUGACGGGAUGAUGAAAAUUUCUCUUACUGCUGUCUGCUGAGCAGCUUGCUACGAGUGUGGAGCAUCUAAAUAUUUUGCUGUACAAUGUGAUCAGACAAGUGAUUAUGUGGAGGAAUUUAGCCCAUGUAAAAAUUGUAUUUCUUGCCUUCUUACGGUACAGAUAUACCAUCAGCAGAAGUCUUAUAAAAAAAAUCUUGCCAUUAUCAAAUUAAGUCUUUUGCUUUUGUAUAUUGUCUGAACAGGAAGAUUUUGUUUAGGCCACUGAGUUUAAGUGCAUUUGGCUGACAUAUUUUUUUAUUAUCAAAAGCAAAGCUUGGUUACUUUUAUCUGAAUUAUGGUGACUACAAUUUUUUUUUAAUAUCAGUUACACAAUGUCAGUAGGUGUAUAAAUGAUGGUAUAGAAACAGUACACAAAGUCUAAAGUUUUUAUAUCAGUUACAGAAUGUUAAAAAUGUCAGUAAAGUGUAUAAAGGAUGGUAUAGAAACAGUAUACAAAGUGUAAAGGUUUUUUAAAACUGUUGCUGUUUAACUUUGUGAUGAAGAAGUGGUGCCCUAUGUACCGGCAAUGUUGUUGCUAUGUGUGUGAUGGUAAGGUGGCAUCAGUUCAUUUUCUGUACAUAUAUUUGUAUAUAGCUGUAGUUUUGUCUCUAUGAAGUAUAAAAUAUCUCCAGAAUUUAUUGUUAUGCCAUUUAUGUAAAUGGGUACAGCUCUUGUAUAAUGGGACAAAAAAAACAAGUUAAUUUUUAAGAUGUAUGUAAGUUGACUGCUUAAGAACAAGUAAUAGUUACAUAUGUCAGCAUUUUUGGGAGCAU